CACAAGCUCCUGUGGAAGAGGCGCCGCCCCCGUGGCGUGCGCCUGCAGGAGGCGGCCAAUUUCCCGCAGCCCCUCCGACAGCGUUGCCGCCGGCGGGCCUCGCUGCGGCGAGGAGGGCGCCGAAGCUGCCGCACCGCCCCUCCCAGGAUCCCAAUUGCAGGGCGCCGAGGAAACCGCCCGCUCCAGUUCGACGAUGCGUCGAUGCAGGUGCCGAAUGAGAAGGCGCUGGGUGCGCACGUGGGCCACCAGCUCCUCUCGAGUGGCAGUGCGCAGUUUGUCCUCCAUCCUCCGCCUCCUCCCAACACGCUUGUGUGUCGCAGCCCUUUCCCUCCGCGCGGCGUUGCCCCAGCCAGCGCCUCGGCAAGCCCACGAACGCGUGCGCACCGAGGACGAGCACACAGCCCCUCCACCGCCCCGCUCUCACACGCACAACAAGGCCCGCUCGCACAGCGGCAGGCGAAGAAAGGAGUGAAGAGGCGACUACACCUGACGGAGGGCGGGGAAGAAGGGGCGGCUGGCAGCACACAGGACAGGCGGCGGGGGCGCCGCGGCAGCCGCCCGCAACGGGCACAGCGCAGGGGAACCCACAACGGCCGCCCGGCCCACGCACCCACAUACGGCCGCUCCGCUCUCCCUCCGCCCACAUCAGAAACCACGACAACCGCAAAACAACAACCGCGGCGGCAUCCUCGGCGACUCUGCGGAGAGGGUCCGCCGUGUCCGGCACACGGCGCUUGCCUGGUACUGCCCUCAGGAGGGACAGGGGUGCGUGAUGCCGGGCCGCAGGCGGCGGGCACAGUGAACGCAAAGCGGGCGUGA